AUGUCAGAAAAACAUAUUCAUGUUUAUUUUAAUCGAAAAGUCUCUAGUUGGGAUAUUAAAGACUUCUUAGAUUGCUACGAACUCGAUGACAUAAGUGACAAAAUAAGUAUUUACCUUAAAUCUCUUGAGGCCAUCGCCAACACUGAGGAAGGACAAAAGUGCGAACGAGCAAAGGAAUUGCUUGCAAGAUAUAGGGAAAAUUUGAUGGCGUGUGCGGGAUCUCGAAGGUCUCGUAUCAUUCAAGUCUCAAAGGCGAGCCACGAUGUUAGUGCUGGGGCGUGGGAAAUCUCGAAGGCUGUCUUACGUUCAAGGCUCAAAGUUGACCUGGGUUCUCGACCAGAUCGGAAACUUGCUCGAAAUUGGGAAAGUAAACAUAGAAAGAUGUCUAGUGAAGCUUCGACUUCGAUUAACUUUUACGGGGAUAUACAGAACAAUGGGAUCAUAGCGUCAGAAGCUACUAAAAAUAGGAGUGUGACGAAUACAACACACAGAAAUACCGACCCGGGCGGGUAG